UUUCGCUGCAAGUAAUCAAACAAAAUAAAUCCUGGAAUGUUACACCUGAUUUGACUGCGUUGUAGAUAUUAAACAACGCUGAGAUGGCCGCCCCAGAGCAAGAUGAGAUUAACGAACCAGCUUCAAAUAUGGAACUUAAAACAUUUCAGGCAAAUUUUCGCACGCUGUCUCAAGAAGAAGGCAUAAAGGAAGACACUCAGCAGAAUCCCUUGAAGAUAAUUUGCGUAGGUGAUUACACAGGUGGUGUGAGAACCAGGGGAAUCUUUAUUAAGGAUUACUUGGGAAUUAAACCCACCGUAAGAUGUCAUCCUUUCACUUGCAUUGAUUUUUAUCUGAAGAAAGUUGAGUGGCAAAAGCUUGGACAUUCAAGUCGCAAUUCGAUUGUCGUACAACUAUGUGACAUCGCUGAAAUGGAACGCUUCUCCGCCAUGACCAAGGUCUUCUUUAAGCACAGUCAAGGAGCCAUGGUGUUUUGGGGACCUCACAACCCAUCGUCACUUGCUGGAGCAUUGCAAUGGCGGAGGAAGAUCAGGGAGGAUAUAUCGCUUCCGAUUCCUUGCGUUCUUGUCGCAGACAAUGUGACAGACUCUUGCUCGAGUUCAAUAAACUGGAUUGGGCCGGGAAAGAUAUUUGAGAGCGAGCUAGCGCUGGAUCAGUUCUGUAAAGAUCACAACUUUGAAAAUCAUUUUGAGAUCACGGCACGCGAUUGGGUGUCCGGUGAAAAGAGUGUUUUUGGACAGGCUGUGAACUGUCUUCUUGACGGGAUUUUGCAGAGCGAAAAGAAAGAAGAACAGUCUUGCGUGUAACGCAAUUAUUCAGCGACUGAUGUCCUUCGCAGCCGAUGUUAGGUUUUAUCUCACAACGAACUCCGCGUUUCGUGUCGAGACUAAGUAACGGCUACGAAAGAGACUGUUAAUUAAACGUGUACCAGACUCAACUGCAAAGUUACGUGUUAAAUGACUAUGCAUCAAGAAUUUAGCAUAAGAAGUUUGUUUGUAGAUAUCGUUAUAAUUUACUAAUUGGUGAUUUUACGCUAUUUUGUCACGUAACUCGCAAAUACCGGUUUCCUCGGAAUGUCACGCAACGUUUCUUCCAAAGAACGGUUUCCAGUAGGAGAUCAAGCUUGAACGUGUUCCAGGUGUUGUCACGCAACUUAGCAAAAUAAUUAUAAUUAUGUUAAGCAAUCAAACAAGUCAAAUAAUCAAGACCAUUUGAAGUUAGAAUACAUUGGAAAGGGGUGCUCAAAAUGAGCAACGGGAGAAUUUAAUAACCGCGAGCGUUGAUUUCACAAUUUCGUCGAGUUUGCAAUAUAAUUUGCUCUAUGGGGAUUUACCGCUGCUUGAUUAGCAAGCCACUAGAUAGAG